UCUGGUUAAAAUUCUCUGCCUAGCUGACAAAUUUUUUUCUUGGAAAGUCCUUCUCGUUCAUUCUCGUUUUUUCUUGGAAAUUGGAGAGUUCAACAAAAUUUAGAAACCGUCUUCUUGGAAGUAAAAAAAUCGAAUAUUCACAAAGGAAAAAUGGAAACAAAAGUGAAAUCGAAUUUACCACGAAAAGUGAAGUAUAUUUCAAUGUUCGAUAGAAUCGACAAUGAACAAUCGUACGUGACAAAAUUGAAAUUCAGCAAUUUCAAACUCAAUUGGACAAUUGAAAAUUUUGAGUUUAUCUGCAAAAGUGUAAAAUUAAUUGAAUCGCCAAAAUUCCCCGCCGAUAAUGUGACAAAUGCUCAAUGGUACAUUCAAUUGGAGCCGACGGAAUUGAAAAAUGAGAGUGGAGAAAAAUUUCGGAUUUCUUUAAAGAACACGGAUGGCAAUGAGCGUUUUGUGAAUGUGAAAAUAAUAUUUUUCAAUUCAUUCAAAAAAGUUGAGGUCUUUGUGAGUAGUUCAUUGCGUUCAGAUCGCAAUUUAUUUUGGGUUAUUAAUGGCUCGGAAUUUUAUCAUUCAUUCGGCGAUGUUAUACCAAAAAAUGUUUUGGUAACAUGUGAAUUGAGUGUUUUCGAUUCUGGCACAUCAAUAGUUGAAAAGCCACUAAUCGAUUUUCCCAAAUCAAAUGAUCUUGUCGAUAAUAUUGAGAAUUUGUACGAUGAUAAAAAUUUCAAGGACGUCGUUUUUACGGUUGGCAAGAAAAAGUACACUGCACAUAAGAAUAUACUGUCGAGUCGCAGUCCAGUGUUUGCCCAGAUGUUUAAGGGGAAGAAGAAGGAGGACCUCACUUCAUUGGUGAAAAUUUCCGAUAUUCGACCAGCGGUGUUUGAAAAUCUUCUUCGUUUCAUUUACACGGAUAAAGUGCAAAAUUUGAGUAAAAUUGCUUUUGAUUUGUACGUGGCUGCGCAGAAAUAUCAACUGGAAAAAUUGAAGACAAUAUGUAUUAAUAAUUUGAAUAGUAAUCUAUCGACGGAGACGGUUUUGAAAGUUUUAAAAUUGGCGGACAUGAAAUCAAUUUUAAAAUUGAAGAACAUUUGCUUGGAGCGAUUGAAUUCUGAUUUGAAAGCAGUUAAGGAGACGACUGAAUUUGCCGAAUUUGUGGAGAAAUAUCCGCAUUUGUUUGAGGAACUCGAGAAAUUUUCAGAAUCCAUUGAUAUGGAAGUAGUGGAUGAGGAUGAUAACGAACAUGACGAUAGUCAGCAAAAAUUGGAUUUAACAUUUCGUGCUUGAGGAAAAUUUGCCUUUUUUUCCACUUUGCCACGAAUUGGACAAUUCAUUGUUUAAUUCGUUCGAAACAUUUUUAUUUAAAUGUUUGCUUAUAUCAAUCGAAAGAAGAGUCUCUCUUAAAUUUUAAAAAAAUAUUUAUUGAGACACUUUUGAAUUACUUAAGUAUUUUCGCAACCAAAAAUCGUCUGUGAAGAAGUAACAUUACGGAUAUAAAUUCUACAAAAAGUAAGAGUUCCUAGUAUUUUCUACGUAGAGCUAAAAGAAAGCAGAGCUGUGAACUACUUUUAAGUAAUUAAAUUAUCUUUUUAAUUUUAAGUCCUUAACUCUCUAAGUUACCAAGAAAAAAAAACACUUUAAGUGAAAUGUUCUAUUUUUAUUUUUACGAAUAUGUUAAAUAUUCGAUAAACGCAUGAAAAUGUUAGAGAAAAAAAUUUUUUUUUGAAGAUCUCAAAGACAGUUUUAAAAAUGUGAGUUUACAAAAUGUGUAUUGAAUGUGUAUCGAACGAGUAUCGAACGAAAAAGCAUUAAAAGCAUGUUUAGUUUAUUAUCUUUAUAUUUUUUUUGAAACUAUAAUUUUAUUUUGUAUAGGUGAAAAACUUUUAAAUACUUCGUAGUGUGUUUGUAAUUUGAUAAAUCAAGAAAAGAAAUGUUUACGUUUGAAAAAUGUAAUAAUUAUGUGAAAGAAAUGAUAAUAUUGAAUAUUACAAAAAUCGA